CUUACAGUUUUUUCCGUAUCUACGCCUCUCACAACGCGACGCCGUACAUCGAACAUGUGAACUUCGAUUGUGCAGUAUAGAAGAUUGGGGAAUCCCCGGAAUCAAGCGCUUUCUGCAUUUUGUUUGAGCCCUAGCUAGCUCUCGGUGGAUUGAAUAGUUUGGUCUCGUCUGCUAAGGUCUGAUUUGCUUGUAGAGUUGGGGGAUUUCGGGAAGAUGUUUGGGUUUUCGAGAAGGCGGAUGAAACUAGGAAGAUUAAAAGUUCAACUCUCAGACACAGCUCAGGGAACUAGAAGUCCAAUUAGGCACAAUAAACGUUUCGGCAAUUCAAAUGGGGAUGGUGUUGCAGCAACAAGUGGUGAAGCAGAUGAACUUAACUUCCAAUCAUCAUCCAAUGCACCAGGGCUUAACAACUGCACCUCUGGCAGCUCAGAAAAUUGGAUGGUGCUUUCAAUCAGUGGAGAGAAGCCUACACCUCGCUUCAAUCAUGCAACAGCAGUCAUAGGGGACAAGAUGGUGGUGGUUGGAGGCGAAUCAUCGAAUGGUUUGUUAGAUGAUGUCCAGGUGCUGAGUUUUGAUGAAUUUUCCUGGACAACUGCUUCAUCAAAGCUUUACCUUUCACCGACUAGUCUUCCGCUAAAAAUUCCAGCAUGCAAAGGCCACACUUUGGUCCCUUGGGGGAAAAAGGUGCUUCUUAUUGGAGGGAAAACUGAGCCUGUGAGUGACAGAAUAUCAGUCUGGGCAUUUGACAUGGAAUCAGAAUGUUGGUCGCACAUUGAAGCAAAGGGUGACAUCCCGACUGCACGUAGUGGUCAUACAGUUGUUCGGGCCAAUUCGGUUCUAAUCUUAUUUGGAGGUGAAGAUGCUAGGCGAAGAAAACUUAAUGAUCUCCAUAUGUUUGAUUUAAAGUCUCUAACCUGGCUUCCUCUUCACUGCACGGGACCAAGACCAUCCCCAAGAGCAAAUCAUAUUGCCGCGCUUUAUAAUGACCAAAUGCUGUUUGUGUUUGGUGGAGCAUCAAAGUCUAGAACACUGAAUGACUUGUAUUCACUUGACUUUGAGGCGAUGGUAUGGACUAGAAUUAAAACUCGAGGUUUUCAUCCUUCUCCUAGAGCUGGUUGUUGUGGAGCACUUCAUGGAACAAAAUGGUAUAUUACUGGAGGCGGCAGCAAGAAAAAAAGGCCCGCUGAGACCUUGAUUUUUGAUAUUCUGAAGUAUGAAUGGUCCGUUGCAGUUUCGUCACCCCCAUCUUCUAUAACCACGUACAAGGGUUUUAGCCUGGCUCUUGUUCAGCAGCACAAAGAAAGGGAUUUUCUGGUGGCAUUCGGGGGCACCAAGAAAGAUGCAUCAAACCAGGUUGAAGUACUUGUCAUGGAUAAAGUAGAAUCAUCGAGUCGAAGGUCGACUUUGAGUAAAGUUGCUGGAACCUUUAACAGCUCAGCUUCUUUAGGGUUGCCCUCUCAACCAGGCAACACUUCUUCCCAUAGUGUCUCAAGACUUAAUUUAGCAUCUGCAAUAGAACAGCAUGGAUCUGGUCGAAAAUCAUUGUCGGAGUCUUUACUCGUUGAUCCAGGCUCUGUUUCUGGUAAUGUCUCCCUCCGAAAACAGUUCUAUAACGAGGAGGAGACCGCUGAUGUGACCACAACAAAGAGCUCGGAAGACAAGCAUUCAUUCCGCGUUAUGGAGCAAAGCAACACCAAGGAUCGAGCGGUGGAAGAACCUCCAUGUAUGCCGGAAUCCGAUAGCUUGAACCUUGACAAAAAUGGAAGCGGGAAUAUACCAAUCGAAAGCGAAGAUGCUUCUUUUCAUGAAGGUGAUGGUAAAUCGAGAACGGCGGUUCCAUUGAGCGCCUAUCAGAUGUACGAAGCGAAGGUAGCUAGUCUUUUGAGAAAGAACGGCAUUCUGGAAGGACAGUUAGCCGCUGCUAUUUCUGGUCGCGAAACUGCCGAAAGAAAUCUGGCGAUUACUGUAAAGAGCAAACAAGAAAUGGAGAAAAAAUUUGGCGAGAAGAUGAAGGAAGACGAGCUGCUUAAAGAGAAGCUAGCGAGUUUGGAAUUAGCUCAGGAGGAGGCCAACAGCCUCUCGAAUAUCGUCCACUCUGACAAUGUAAGACUCGAACAUGACGUCGCUUUCCUUAAAGCUGUCCUCGACGAUACACAGAAGGAACUUCAUUCGACUAGAGGAGUUCUUGCAAGCGAGCGAGCAAGAGCUUUUCAACUACAGGUCGAGGUUUUUCAUCUGAAACAGAGGCUGCAAUCGUUGGAGACGCGCGCCCCGACGCCUAGGAAGCCUUUCCAUGUCUAGCGUGCGCCUGGAAGGAUUGACUCAGCUAACGUGCAGCUCGACAUAGGACCGUUUCGAUCGAUCGUUUCUUCCGGGAAUACAAGGUCAUGUUUUUCUCACCUGUAGAAUGCUUUGUGUGUAUAUAUGUAUGUUUAUAUUUGGAGCUUUUGGAAUAGUAGUUUAUGUGCAAACUGUGUUGUUUGUUUAUUGCAAAGUUUUGGUUCGUUUUCAAACAGUUAGCAAAAUAUAAAAGAGAGGGUUGUGGGUAGAAGAUGCUAAAAGUUAUUCAUUCUAUUCCCAAAGUAUCCGUUAAUUUGAAUUGUAGUUUGUGGUAAUUUUGGUAUUUUCAACAUGUAAGAUUAUGCGAUUACAACAUGCUAAAAAUAAUAAUAUUAAUUUUCCUCUAUUCAA